AUGUGUUGCUCUUUCUCUGUGUGCGUUGAUUUCUCCCUCUCUCUCUAUCUCUCUCUCUCUCUCUCUCUCUCUCUCUCUCUCUCUUUCUUAAUCUCUGUGUCAUUUGUGCGUACGUGUUUGUGUCCAUGUCUUUGUGUCUAUAUGGGUCUGUGUAUCUAUGCGUCUGUGUAUGUCUGUAAGAAUCUGUGGGUUUCUCUUCAUCUCCGUGUGCAUUUUCUCCCUAUCUUUCUCUCUCCUCCCCCCUUUUUGUGGAUGAAUUAUCUGCUUAUUUGUGCCGAUGUAUUUAUGUCUUUGUGGUCUGUUUAUGUGCGUGUAUCUAUGCGUCUGUGUAUGCCUGUAAGUCUACGUGCUUGUCUUUCGCUGUGUGUGGAUUCUCUCUCUCUCUCUUUCUCUCUCUCUCUCUCUCUCUCUCUCUCUCUCUCUCUCUGUAGGGCGUUUCAAACGUGUUGUCAAAUCAAUAUACAUUAUUUUUAUUUUCGCAACACAGUCGGAUAUUUUUUUUCCACUGGGACAUUAAUUGCAUGCUAG